CUUUGAGCUUGUUUGAACUUGGGCACAGUGAGAGCGAGCUGAGUAUUAGGGAACUGCCAGCACCCCUACCUGUAGCUCCGGUCAGAAUUCCCAGAACGAUUCAACACCGACUGUUUGGUGCAAAAAUUGUGGGAGCACGAGGUUGGUAAUUUAAUUCAGUCUUCGUCCAGCUUUAGGCAAGCGUUAAAUUAUUCCGGCUCGAAAAAACCCGAUGAGAUGCGGCUAAUCGCAUAACGCAACAAACCUUGGAAUCAUUCACAAUGCUAUUUGCAGUGUUUUUGUUGUUAAUCUCCGGCUCGAUUCAUCAGUCGCUUCAAGUUAGCGUGAGCGCGAAAUGUUGCCCGGAAGAACUCAAAGUCGAGGAAACCGGAAACUUUCAGCUGGACUGUGUGCGAGACGAAAAUCGCCGGUUGCAGGUUUGGUCAAAUUUCUACGGUUUCCUCCAAGACGAUGCUGAGGGCGAAUGCAUCGAUUCCGAUGGAAAAAACGUGUCCAUCUACCAAGUGAACAAUUCCUCGAUAGUUUCAAAGGCCCCGUACUCGGGCGAGAUUUUUCCGAAAUGUUGCCCCCUAAACUAUGCAUACGACAACAACAGCCACUCCUGCUCAAAAACGAAAAAGAUCUCACAGGAUUUCCUCAAAAGCCAAGUCGUGCAGGUGGGACUACCUCACAACUGUCGUACAAUUACCGAUGAGACCUUCACUAGUCUCCAAGAUGCGGACUUAUGGAUAGAAAAGCGACAACCAGGCAGAUACUGUCUGGAUAUGGAUGUAGGUGGAAAAUACGUUAUAAGGGAAUGCCACAAGGGGAUGGAAGUGUGCAAGAAGAAGAGGUGCUUCAAGAAGUGCUGUCCAGAUGGCCAAAGCUAUGUGGCUGGAGCUCAUUGUAAGGACACAUAUGAAUAUGGGUUAAAGCUGCGCUCGCAACCAUAUUCAGAAUACAUCCGAGACAUUGAUGACGAUUAUGGAAUAAUCUAUGGAGCUGGCUGCACAGCCGUUGGAUUAUUGGUGUCCAACACCAUCAAUUACACAAUCGAAAAAAACAGCUCAUUCACGUACUUCAGUACGUAUAAACAGCGGUUUUUCGAGCACAAUGUAACAAAUUUGCGGACUUACUGUCUGGAACACGGAAACAAAAGGAACGUUUCCGGCUACUCAAUAUUCCAGUGCCAGAAGAGCGACGAACUUGCAAACAAGUUCCUCUACACCCUGUGGGCCAAGGCAAUAUCCUGCAUCUGUUUGCUCUUGACCAUCUUGAUUUACUUUUACCUGGGCGAGGUGAAAAGCUCGUUCGGAAAAAUUCUUUUAAGUUACUGCAUAGCCAUGAUAUGCUUGAUGAUCACUCUUAUCGUCACGCAGUGGUUUCCUGCGCAUGAUCAAUGCAAAAUUAGAGCUUAUUUAAUAGUCCUCUUCAGCAUGGCCUGUUAUACAUGGAUCAAUGUUAUGUCCUUAGAUAUUUGGUGGACUUUUGGAACACCUAAAAGAACCAUAGGAAGUGACCAAAGGCGAAAGGACCUAAAGAAAUUCUUGCUCUACUUGCUUUAUGGAUGGGGAGCGCCGUUAUGUCACAACCUGAUGAUUUUAGUCUUGGCAUAUAGCGAAAUACUUCCGUAUAUUAUUCAUCCUUACAUGGGACAAUUUAAGUGCUUUUUCGAAAACAGAGCAGGAAACUAUGCCAGGGUGUUUUGGCUUAUAUUGCCCCAGCUGAUAAUCCAAAUAAUUAACACCGUGCUAUUUAUAAGAACAAUUGUCUAUUGCAUAAAGGUGAAAAGUGAAAUGAUCAGAAUGAACGAUUCGAGUCGCAUUAGCAAAGUGGCCGCUGAUAAGGAAAAAUUGGGACUUAUUGUGAAGCUGGCUGUUAUAAUGGGAGUAGUUUGGAUCCUUGAAACAACAUCGGCUUUCUUUCCCGACUUGAAAGACGGUCAAUUUACGAUGAUUUUGGAAAUUAUUAUCGACAACAUAAUUUGUCUUCAAGGUCUUUUCAUUUUCCUGAUAUUCAUUUGCAAAAGGAAGACUUACAAUCAUUUACUGAUCAAAUUGGGAUUAGGAAUGAGGCGGCUCUCAAACUCAACUUCAAUGACUCAAUCGAGUCAGCUAAUUUCGAACUAUCCAAUUGGUAAAAAACGAGCUGCACUAAACACAAACGAUGGGAAAAUGUAAAACCUGCUUAUUAGCUUAGUGGCACAGUUUAGUGGCAGUAGCUUCAGCUAAUUUUGAUAUUUAAAAGUAUUAUAAUGUAAAAUUUGCCAUUGAAAAAAGAUAUUUGUAAUAGGAGUAGUCGCAAUAGUCAACACAAAGUUAGUGUGUGAGUGCAUAUGUAACAGAGCAUUGCUUGCAGAACAUUGAUACCAAAGUUUUGUGAAAACAUUAUAAACUUAUUGGCUAUAUACAGGGUAUACGACAUGGACAGUACAAUAUUUCAGGAAUGAUUGGUUCCAACAAAUUUUCAAGACGCACAUUUACCGAUAGGGUAACUGAAAAUUAAAGUAAAUUAUUGAGCUGAUCGGAGUGUUAAGAAUUGCAGUUGUGCACCAACAGUCGAACUUUCUUUCUUGCCUUUUAGCAUUGGGUGAUUUGCCAGGUGGAUGUGGAAAACAACAUAAAUAAGAAAACUAUCUUGCCCAGCAAAAUCACCCGCUGGAUUUCGCUUCAUAAAUUAGACUAAGGUUAUAGCAAUGCUUUACACUAUGCGUGAAUAUUCUUAGAUAACUAAGCAGAGUAUAUUAGUUUUAAGAAAGAUGUAUAUUAAGUAAUCUAAAAUUUUUCAGUUGCUUAAAAUUCAGAAAAUUUUUAAACCCAAGAUUCAAGAAGCUCCGUCGUUGUGCCUCUUCGAAUAAAUAUUACAUGCAUCAAUAACAUAAAUAUAAACGAUAAAAAUGCGAUCUGCACAAAAAUAGAACUUUACUGCAACGUCUGAUUAGUUGAAUUCAGUUGUUCUUGAAAAACUACACUCAGUUCAAACUAAGGGAUUUAUAGAUCUUCUUACCAGCUUUCUGCAAGCUGGCGCCCCAUUCUCCAUUUUUUCAUUAAUCCUCAAAAAGCCUACUACAGAGACACAACGAAGAAAAGAAGAAUAAACAAUUUUUUAUUUA